AACACGGAGGAACAACACUGGCCUUGUAAGUGAUUACAGGGUAAAACCAUUUUGUACUUUUGCCUUGUUCCCUUUUCUUUUCCAAAGGAAAUGUAAGGGCAACUGAAGGGGACUUUUUGCCUAUGAUUUCCAAGACAAAGGUCUCUGUUAAUGGUUGGCUGCUUUCAGAGUGCUCCGGGUUUCUGCUUAAGUGAGAGCUUUUUCAUGGUGAAAGGAGCAGCCCUCUUCUUACAACAGGGAAACAGCCCACAAGGCCAGCGGAGUCUCCAGCACCCCCAUAAGCAUGCAGGUGACCUGCCUCAACAUCUUCAAGUAAUGAUCAACCUUCUGCGUUGUGAAGACAGAAUCAAGCUGGCUGUGCGCUUGGAGAGUGCCUGGGUGGACCGGGUGCGGUACAUGGUGGUGGUGUACAGCAGCGGGCGCCAGGACACGGAGGAGAAUAUCUUGCUGGGAGUGGACUUCUCCAGUAAGGAAAGUAAAAGCUGCACCAUUGGGAUGGUUCUCCGACUGUGGAGUGACACGAAAAUCCAUCUUGAUGGAGAUGGUGGGUUCAGUGUGAGCACAGCAGGAAGGAUGCACAUAUUUAAGCCUGUCUCUGUCCAGGCCAUGUGGUCUGCCCUGCAGGUGCUCCACAAGGCCUGCGAAGUGGCCCGCAGGCACAACUACUUCCCCGGGGGCGUAGCUCUCAUCUGGGCCACCUACUAUGAGAGCUGCAUCAGCUCGGAGCAGAGCUGCAUCAACGAAUGGAACGCCAUGCAGGACCUGGAGUCCACACGGCCUGACUCCCCGGCCCUGUUUGUUGACAAGCCAACUGAAGGGGAAAGGACGGAGCGCCUCAUUAAAGCCAAACUCCGAAGCAUCAUGAUGAGCCAGGAUCUAGAAAACGUGACCUCCAAAGAAAUCCGUAAUGAAUUAGAGAAACAGAUGAACUGUAACUUGAAGGAAUUCAAGGAAUUCAUAGACAAUGAGAUGCUACUGAUCUUGGGACAGAUGGACAAGCCCUCCCUUAUCUUCGACCAUCUAUAUCUCGGCUCUGAAUGGAAUGCAUCCAAUCUGGAGGAACUGCAGGGCUCAGGGGUUGACUACAUUUUAAAUGUCACUAGAGAAAUAGAUAACUUUUUUCCUGGCUUAUUCGCAUAUCAUAACAUACGAGUCUAUGAUGAAGAGACAACAGAUCUUCUUGCCCACUGGAAUGAAGCUUAUCAUUUUAUCAACAAAGCGAAGAAGAACCAUUCCAAAUGCCUGGUACAUUGCAAAAUGGGCGUCAGUCGAUCUGCUUCCACGGUCAUAGCCUAUGCAAUGAAGGAAUUUGGCUGGCCUCUGGAAAAAGCAUACAACUACGUGAAACAGAAGCGCAGCAUCACACGGCCCAACGCAGGUUUUAUGAGGCAGCUGUCUGAGUAUGAAGGCAUCUUGGAUGCAAGCAAACAGCGGCACAACAAGCUGUGGCGUCAGCAGACAGAGAGCAGCCUCCAGCAGCCUGUAGAUGACCCCGUGGGACCUGGUGACUUCUUGCCAGAGACCCCAGAUGGCAUCCCAGAAAUGCAGCUGCCCUGCCUAGACAGUGCCACCCUGCCUGGGCUCCCAGGCGGCAGGACCCUGGGAGGGCCCACAUUCCCCUGCUGUUUCCAGCGACUCUCGGAUCCCCUUGUGCCUUCCCCCGAAGAUGACACUGGCAGCUUGGUCCAGCUCGAGGAUCUGGAGCGGGAUGCUCUAUUGGAGGAAGCAGCUCAGCUAGCAGAGGGGCACAAGCCCGCUAGACAUUCCCAGGAAGGUUCUGGGCUCUGCGAGGACAUAAAGAAGAAGCUGGAGUUCGGGAUCCCCAAAGCCCGGAGUGGCUCCUUGCUGCAGGUAGAGGAGAUGGAAAGGGAGGAGGGCCCCAGAGCUGGAAGGAGGGGCCGGCCUUCAGCCCAGCUGGAUAGAAACCUGCUCGACUGGGAAAACCUAAAUAACAACAACAGCAAGAGGAGCUGUCCAGAUGACUCUGAGCACGAUGCUCUAUUUGGGAUCCUUAACAAGGUGAAGCCUUCCUACAGAUCCUGUGCUGACUGCAUGUACCCCCCAGUCAGCAGGGAGACCCUCGGAGAGCAGCGUGAGGACCCCAGUGCUCCUGCCAUCUGCACCCAGCCAGGUUUCCUGCCUCAUAUCACCUCUUCCCCUGUGGCCCACACAACCAGUAGGCCCCGAGCUCCAGAGAAGCCGACCCCUGGCCCAACCGAAACUCCACUGUUCCCAUCACCAGCAGGCUCUAGGAGGCCAGACAUCAGUGGUUCUGGGACUGGGGCUGCCUUGGAGCUACCAGCCAGCCUUCUGGAACCUUCCAGAGAGACUCUAAAAGCCCUGCCAAAGUCCCUCCUUUUGAAGAAUUCUCACUGUGAUAAGAACCCUCCCAACAUGGAAGUGGUGAAGGAAGACUCAUCAACCAGGAAAGAGCCGAAGCCAGCCAAGGACCUGAGGCUUCUGUUCAGUAACGAACCCGAGAAACCCACAGCCAACAGCUACUUGAUGCAGCACCAGGAGUCCAUCAUUCAGCUGCAGAGGGCAGGCCUGGUCCGCAAGCACACCAAAGAACUAGAAAGGCUGAAGAGCACGCCCGCAGACCCAGCGUCUCUUUCCAGGGAUGGCACCACUGACAGGCUGGAGACCAGCAUCCCCGAGGAGAGCCAGGAUCUGGCUGCUCUCCGUGAGCCAGGACCCCCGGCAUUGUCGGGCCACACUGGGAGUGAUGGGAAGUCGGAGGCCCCCCCCGCCCUGUUGGAAGGAGCCUCUCUCAAGAGCCCCCCGCCCUUUGGCUCCCGCCUGGAUCACACCAGUAAUUUCUCGAAAGACUUUCUGAAGACCAUCUGCUAUACCCCCACGUCCUCGUCCAUGAGCUCCAACCUGACCCGCAGCUCCAGCAGUGACAGCAUCCAUAGUGUUCGCGGGAAGCCUGGGCUGGUGAAGCAGCGGACACAGGAGAUCGAGACCCGGCUCCGGCUGGCAGGCCUCACUGUCUCGUCCCCGCUGAAGCGCUCACACUCUCUUGCCAAGCUCGGGAGCCUCAACUUCUCCACAGAGGACCUGUCCAGUGAGGCGGACCCGUCCACUGUCAUUGACUCCCGGGACGCCACAUUGAGCGAGUCUUCCUUCUUGCGGGAGCCCCAGGCAACACCCAGGAGCCUAGCUGCAACCUCCAAGCCAUCAGGGAAAUCUGUCCCAGAAAACUUGAAGACCCCCCUGUGGACGGGCAGAAGCUGACCCACCUGUGCUGCUCUGGGACGUGUAUUUUCAUAUGACUCUCCCUUCGUUUCACUGUGGAUUUUGGGCAUGAUGUAAUCAUGAUUUCUCUGAAACAGUUGAAGUCAUCCUAACUUUUCUUGCCACAGAGAGGAGGAAGAGAAACAAAAAUAAUGUGCAACACAAGAAGAAAGGGAGCUAUUAGCUGUGUGACCUAGAGAACCCAGAGGCCCUUGGCCGGUGGACAUAGAACUCUACUCCCAAGUCCUGCGUUUCAAGAAGAGUUGUACACAGAUAUGCUCACGUAUCCUGACUGUUCCGUUUGCAGCCUGUGAAAGGAGAGUUGUUGUGGUGGCAGCAUUCCUGUCGCUCGCAGUCUAGCUCAUUCUGGCCCUUGCAGAAGACUCUCGGAUGGCAACAUAAGUCCUACCUCUGUUCUUGCUGUGCUUUUCAAUUUUAAAAUACAAGAAUGACCAAGGCUCGUUCCAGGGAAUAAUGCUUUGUUGAAAGGGUUUUUACAAAAGAGAAUUUUUGUUUUUCAGUUGGGACCCCAGGCACGUCAAGACUUUUAACCUGACUGUACCAAGUCCUGCUGGCUGAUGGCCUCAGACAAAUGCCUUCCACACUGUCCAGCUCUGGGCCGAGUGGUGGUUAAAUAACGUGCUCUGCCCUGGUCG